UAUUCCUGGCGGGACCCGCCAUCCCCGGGUUGCGCCGUGCACUCCCACUCACCAUCUCCCUCCCGUGCAUGUCUGAGAGAGGGUCAUGAUUUCGGCUGCGAGUCUGUGGAGGAGUCAGAGCAGCUGCCUCUCCCUCACGCGAGGAUGCACGGCGGGUCCGCGUAAAAAGAUGGAUUCAUGUCCCGUUUUCUCGCGCUCCUGGCUCGGUGUUCAACUAUAAGACAAGGAUAAACGACCUGCGGACUUAUUUGAGGUCUGUUUCACACCCAAAGAAAGGAUCGCAUCUUCCAGCUGCGCAGGGGGAUUAGAUAUCAUCUGGAAAUGUCUCAUUUAAACAACCGGAGUCAAACCAGUGCGCGACGCAGCGACUACGUGUGGCAGUAUGAAUAUUACGACGACGACGAGCCAGUUUCUUAUGAGGGGCUUCGAGCGCACAGAUAUUCCAUUGUGAUCGGAUUUUGGGUCGGACUCGCCGUGUUCGUCAUCUUCAUGUUCUUCGUUCUCACCCUGCUGACCAAGACCGGAGCCCCGCAUCAAGAGAACCCAGAAUCAGCUGAGAAGAGGCAUCAACAUAGAAGCUGCCUGGUGGACAUCAAUGGCCCCUCAGAGGAAAACGACAAAGCCUUCUCCCGUCCACUGCUCCCCGAAACUCGCUCUCACUUUAAUUUCUAUGUGAGCGAAGGAAGCCAGAGGAAACAGGCGAGACAAAACGGCUCAGUGAGCGUUAACGGGCCUGGAGUCACCGGCGCCGCCGUGGUGGAUGUAGGAGGAGCAGAGGACGGGGAAAGGGGCGGGGGUCUCCUGGCCAUCAAGGGACUCAUGGAAGACAGCACGUUAGAAAAGGAGUGUGACUUCCUCUCUCACUUCACCAUCCCCAACUUUGUGGAGCGGAGUUCCUCGCUGGGGGAGGACGACAUUGUUUUCGACGCCUCAGUCAAACCGAGACGCCAGUCCCAAACUCAGGACCUCCACUGUGAGGACCAGUGAGGCUCUGACAUCCACAGACUGGACACCAUAAACACAUCGUCUGCCUCUGAACUCAACAGGAUGUUUUCAGAGGAGAAAUGAGAAUGUGUUUCAUGGAAUUAAGAACAAAAUGAAGUGAAAAUGAGGAGGAGAAUGAAGCGCUUUGCGUUUGGGUAUAGAAGAGGACUUGUUUGACCAUUUAGCUGUACGUGAUUGUGUAAAUAAUGUACAUCCCAGUGAGUCUGGACCCAACGUUAUUACUUCUGUGGCUACACAAUGAAAAGAAAACAUGUUUACUGCACGCUAAAGAGCAACCGUUAGGGAUUGGCCUGGCUACAGAUUACAGCCAAAAGGGCCAAGUUAUGCCCAUUAGUUCUGACUUCUGAGACAUUUUGAAUUCCUGGAACACAAUGUCUGACUUUCUGGAACCAUUGCUUCAGUUUGAAAAUAGGACCUAUGAUAGAGGAAUGCAAGUCUUCUGUGAUGGGCUGCAGCAUCUCCGCUCCUGGGACUAGCUUCUACUACAGUCACCUCUCAAAGCACGUGCCAGGUCCUAAAUCCAGCCCGGUAAUUUCAUGUGAGCUUUGAAUUUGCAUUGUUGGUUUAAAACCAAAUACUCAUUGAAGUUCACCAAAACAGCAACGCUGCAUGUAGAUUAGAAACAUGGACAGGAAUGUGUUGAACAUUAAGGCAACAUUCAGGCAAUGAGACAAGAAGAAGACAUAACAAUGGAGGAAAUUCUCCAUCCUCCAGUCACAAUAUAUUCAACGGCCUCACCCACUACUGAACUCUUCAAUAAACACACCGAGGUCACAGAGUGACUUGGACUGGAUUUAAAGUUUUGGCCCCGUACGUGAUUAGUCACAAUCAAAGGCCAGUGUUUUGUGGUCCCCCAACUUGUUUAGAGUUAUGUAGGAUCUGACUAUCUUUGACCCCCCACACCGCCCACUGUGAGCGAAUAAGGGUGUUCAAAGGGACUAUUUUCGGCUGCAUCCAUCUGGGAUAUUCCAACCACUGUAAGCAAACAUCCACUACGCUGCACUGUCACAUGCUGUUGUGCUGUCUCUUGCCAACAGAGACACACUGAAAGCAUUUUGAGCCUGAAAUCACCACUCAGUGUGGCACCAGGACUACGACGAGUGCUACUGCAAAGCAGUGUCUUUGUGUAUUGAAGAGUGUAUUUCCCUCUUCAUUUCUGCUGAAAUGAAGAGGGAAAUAAUCACUGCUGCACUGGCGACACAUUCAACUUAACAAUUCUUGCGUUUUGCUUUCUAUCAACAUAAACUUGACAUCAGUGGCACCCAGAUAAGAUGAUUGUAAGACCCUUGCCUUCAAGGGUCUUACAUCAGACAACUUUAUUAAUCCCAAUGGAAAUUGUGUUUGUGACAUGCUCUGUACACAACAUAUCACAGUCAAUUAAAAAGAAAUAAUAUUAUAAAGUGCAAAAAAAAAAGCGAUACAAAAGAGCACCGAAAACAAUGUGCAAGAAAAAGCAGUUCAAGAACAGAAAAACGUGCCAAAGAAUCCUUCAGUGGAAUUUUUUCAGGGAUGAAUUGUAUGUAUGUUUAGAUAGAUAGAUUUAUAGAUCCAUUUUUCUUGGGCUAAGGUUCUGGGCUGAGGUUGACUCGAUGUGCAAGCAGUUGUGAGCUACUGAGUGGUUUCUCCUUGGUAGACGUAGAGGGUGGAUGUGCCUUCGCAUUCCACACGACUGACUUCAAGGUUCCUAAAGGGACCAGAAUAGAAGAGCUUGAACAGGAAUCAUGAUCAGUAAGUAAGUGCAAAUGAGUGGUGACGGGUAGAUACCGCCAACCUAAUGCAUGUGAAGGGAAAGUCCUUCAAGUCCAAACUUUUCAAUCCUGUCAUGAUUGAAAAGUCUCGCCGAGCACGUCGCGCUUCACAGCUCUCAUAAGACGACGAGAAUCAGCCCAUCUGACUGCAGAACAGCUUUAAUGAAUCGGGUAGUUUUGUCCAAAUGAAGUUGAUAUUUCAACCUGCCAGGCUGAUAAAUGUCAUAGCAUUUGCUUAAUGCUAGUUUCUAGUUCAUGCUCCGGUUCCGUCCUCAGUGCACCCUCCAUCACUUCUGAUACGAAAAACCUUUCGUGUUUUUCAAGCUUCUUAAAUUUGUGAUUUCCCUUCAAAACAAAUUAGAGAGUUUGAGCAAUAACAGGUGAUGAAUAUGCAAAGAACAACUCUGUUAUUGUCGGCAGUCAGCUACAGGGACAGAUGUGCCUGGAAUAUCAGGGCGUCCAUCAACAUUAACUCCAGGAAAAUGAUCUUCGGAGAAGGCGGGUUGUGCCUGUGUUACAUCUUGUGUCCUCGGCGUAAAAGAGCAGCGACCCGAUUUAGGUUUGUUAAUGUGUUUGCCUUCACCAGCAGAGACCCAAGAGAGGAAGGAAUUACGAUAUCAGAGGGGACUGACCUUCCUUCUGUGAAUUAGCUGAGUUCAAACAGCUGGCUAUAUUUACACCCUUUUACUUAGCUGGGGAGCAAAAAAAGAAAAACCCUCCAGGGCUUGUGCUUCAUGUAGGACUUGUGAUGAUGUAUGCAUGCAGCUCCGCAGGGGUUUGUUGGCAGCGAUCAGAUAUUUCAUUAAAGGGCCCAGUACUGGGGUGAGACCUCAGCUCCAUCACUGUUCUCCUGCAGCCGCGGCAGAUAAAAGUCAAAUGUAGCAUGUUGGUGAUGACUGUCCAGGGUUAAUAACAUCCAAAAGACUGACUUCUUUCAUUAUUGAAAACCUAAGGGUUAGACUUUAAAACAGGGACCACAUAUUCACUAUGCUUAUUAACUGAUAAUAAUCAGUAUUUAUGGUGUCAGAUUGAAUGUUUCGGGUCAGAAUAUAGUCUGACUGAACAUGAUGCCAACUGAAGUCUAUUUGUGGUGAUAUAUGUUCCCUAUUCUAAAGUGUAACCAACCUAAGAAGUGUUUCUGUGAUUGUCUUUUUAAAAAAUAAUUCAAAAUAUCAGAUGGCAUGUAAGAUCUCAUUUCCAUUUUACGUAAAAAAUAAAUGACUGUAAAUACAUUGUAUUAUUUAUGUAUGAUUCAGUAAAAAUAAAGGACAAAUAAUAUGACGCUCAGAGUCCUUCACCUCAGAGUUGUGAGUUGACGGCUGCAUCUUGAGUCACUUAUAUGUUUGGGAUUGUU